AUGGCGGACAAACCAGUUUCUACACAAUGCAUUGGUCGGUCAACUGGUGAGAAACCCAGUGCCACACUCUCAGCGGAGGUCGCCUUUGAUAAUGUUCGCAUCCUCCCUCAAACACCACAGCUAAUUGCACUCCUCUCAAUGAUACGAAAUAAAAACACCGAGCGCGCCGACUUCAUUUUCUAUUCGAACCGCAUCAUUCGCCUUCUAGUGGAGGAAGGCCUUAAUCAUCUUCCUGUUAUAGCACAGACCAUAACAACACCAGUUGGCCGCACUUAUGAUGGGCUAAUGUUUCAGGGGAAGAUCUGUGGAGUGUCGAUUAUGCGAGCCGGUGAAGCAAUGGAACAAGGACUUAGAGACUGUUGUCGGUCCGUUAGAAUCGGCAAGAUUCUUAUUCAACGAGACGAAGACACGGCGCAACCUAGACUCUUUUACGAUAAGCUGCCAGAGGAUAUUGCUGAUCGUUGGGUGCUUUUGUUGGAUCCUAUGUUUGCGACAGGAGGGUCUGCCAUCAUGGCUGUGCAAGUAUUAAAGGCACGUGGGGUACCAGAGGACCACAUACUUUUCCUCAACAUCAUCGCUAGCCCGGAAGGCGUUAAGAACUUUGCCACGAAGUUUCCCCAGCUGAAAGUUGUGACUGCGUUUAUCGACCAGGGUUUGGAUGAGAAGAACUAUAUUAUCCCAGGUCUGGGAGAUUUUGGUGACAGGUUCUAUACCAUUUGA